GGCGCCGUUGCGGCUCCCGGCGGUGUUCCCCGGAUCGGGACAAGCGUCUGGGGCACGAACCCUAACAGAGGGUUUUGCUGGUCUCGCUUAGCAGACACAACCGCUUAGCUAAUCAGCCGCCGUAUCUCAAACUCCUCGCCCUGGGAAUUCUACCCGUCGACGAGUGCAACGAACAUCAUCCGCCAACGACCGUCGAUACGCCGACAUCAAGAUGGUCAACCUUCGCACCCAGAAGCGCCUCGCCGCCUCCGUGGUGGGCUGCGGCAAGCGCAAGAUUUGGCUCGACCCCAAUGAGAUGAAUGAGAUCUCCAACGCCAACUCCCGCCAGACCAUCCGCAAGCUCGUCAGCGAUGGCCUCAUCAUCCGCAAGCCCGUCACCAUGCACUCCCGCUCCCGUGCCCGUGAGCUCGCCGCCGCCCGCCGCAUCGGCCGUCACCGUGGUCUCGGUAAGCGCAAGGGUACCAAGGAGGCUCGUAUGCCCAGCCAGAUCCUCUGGAUGCGCCGCAUGCGUAUCCUCCGUCGCCUGCUCGUCCGCUACCGUGCCUCCGGCAAGAUCGACAAGCACCUGUACCACGAGCUCUACCACCUGAGCAAGGGUAACACCUUCAAGCACAAGCGUUCCCUCAUUGAGCACAUCCAGAAGGCCAAGGCUGAGCGUCACCGUGAGCGCGUCCUCAAGGAGGAGAUGGAUGCUAAGCGUGCCAAGAACAAGGCUCUCCGUGAGAGACGUCUGGAGCGCAAGGAGGCCAAGCAGAACGCCCUCGUUGCUGAGGCUCAGGAGUAA